AUGACCUUUAUGUGGAAGACAUUAGCCUCUGUAUUGCGUUCAAAAGGUGAUAUUGUUUUAACUGUUACCUCAAGUGGUAUAGCCUCAUUGUUAUUACCCAACAACAGAAUUGCACAUUCCAAAUUUGUCAUUCCAGUGCCUACAUUAGAUAACUCUACAUGUAAUAUCCAUCGAGGUACUGAACUAGCUGAGCUGCUAAAGGCAAUAAAGUUGAUUAUAUGGUAUGAGGCUCCUAUGGCUCAUAAGUAUUAUUUUGAAGCAUUGGAUAAAACACUGAAGGACAUUAUGUGUAUGUCUCAUGUGGACAAUGUUCCAUUUGGUGGAAAAGUAGUUGUAUUUGGAGGCAAUUUUUGGAAAAUCUUACCUAUGAUACCUAGAGGAAGUAGAUUAGACAUAGUGCAUGCUACAAUAAAUGCUUCCUAUCUGUGGGACUACUGCAUAGUUUUAAAGCUAACAAAAAAAAUGUGUUUGCAGUCCAAUUCAACAAUGUCAAAUGCAGAAGAAAUAAAGAGCUUUUCUCAGUGGUUGAUAGAUGUUAGUGAUGGGAAACUAGGAAAAGGUGAUGAUGGAUUUUCUAAGAUAGAAAAUCCAUCUGAAUUUCUAAUUACAAAUUUCACUGAUCCUAUUGAAUCAAUUGUCACCCAUACCUACCCAAAUAUCCAGCAGAAUUAUAAGGAUGAGGACUUUCUAAAGUCCAGAGCUAUACUAGCUUCAACCAUUGACACUGUAGACCAAAUUAAUGACUAUGUAGUCAACAUUAUCCCAAGUGAUAAGAAAGAAUAUUUGAGUUGUGAUUCCAUUGAUAUGAUAGAUGUUGCAACAACUGAAUGUUACCAAGCUAUUACACCAGAGUUUCUACAUUCAUUAAAAAUAUUUGGAAUACCUAAUCAUAAAAUUAGGUUGAAAACAGACACAUUUAUUAUGUUGAUUCGAAAUUUGGAUCAAGCAAAAGGAUUAUGCAAUGGUACAAGACUAAUUGUGUCUAGAUAG